AUGGUGAUACAUGGUUCUAGGAAAUGUUUCGGAGGAAACCGGAGUCAUGAACUUCAGCCAUAUGUUAGUGAAAUUUUGACGUGGAACUAUGACGCACUCGUAAUGCCAAUGACAGUAAAAAGCAACAUUUCAACUAAUCUCUUUUCUAUAAAAUGGGAUAUGUAUAAGCGACAACCGAGGCUUUUAGUCGAACGGAUGCAAACGUGCAUAUCUAAGAGGAGGAGCGCUAGUCAGUCUGUUGGUGCCCUUUUGGAACAAGGCAGAAUUUCGAACAAAACACGGAACGAAUUGAGUGGAAUUGAGUGCACAAAUGAGAAGUGA